AUGGAGGGGCAGGAACUUACCCUGCGCCUGCACUUUGAGGGACUUCCUGUCAGCGCGCGGCCGCUUGGCCACCACUUUGGCCAACCCGCCGCGCGCGCAGCCAUGAACCUCGCAAGUCAGUGCAUCAAAGCUGGCGCUAGCCAGCUGCUGUUCGGCAACUUCAACCCCGAUAACACGGGCCCGCCUGUUGACUCCAAGAUCCACGUGUUUUUCUUUUUUUUUCUGGUUUCAGCUGACACUGAAGAUGUGUGCAUUGUAGAAAGAUUGUUCUCCAGCAGCUUAGUGGCCAUCGUUAGCCUCAAAGCUCCCAGGAAGCUGAAGGUUUGCCACUUUAAGAAGGGGACUGAGAUCUGUAAUUAUAGCUACUCCAACACGAUUCUGGCCGUGAAACUGAACAGGCAGAGGCUCAUUGUGUGCCUGGAGGAGUCUCUCUACAUACACAACAUUUUACUGCACACCAUCAGGGAGACCCCCCCAAACCCUGCAGGCUUGUGUGCCCUCUCAAUAAACAGUGACAACUGCUACUUGGCGUACCCAGGGAGUGCCACCAUCGGAGAGGUGCAGGUCUUCGACACCAUUAACUUGAGAGCUGCAAACAUGAUCCCAGCCCACGACAGUCCUUUAGCGGCACUGGCUUUUGAUGCAAGUGGAACCAAACUUGCCACUGCUUCUGAGAAGGUAGGUGCUGUGGCCCAGGAAGAAGUGGGUCGAAGGCCUCAGUUCCAGCUCUGUGCACGCAGACAGGUUUUAGUAAUGCUGCCUUGCAGAGAAGCCAUGCGGCCACGCUGGUAGCUGCCGGGGAGUAAGGGAAACGUGAGCGAGUCCACUUUCUGUCCCAGCCACAGUCUGUCUUCUAAGGAGGAAGGCCUGGGCUCACUGGCACUUUGUCCCAGGCACAGAACAGCUAAGCACAGGCUGCAGGGCAGGGCCCAGCUGCUCACCUCAGGACAGCCUGGGGAGGUGGGGACCAGGCACUGGUCUC